AUUCAACCUAUCCGUAUAGUCUUGCAUCUUGCGCAUCUACACACGGAGGGCGCCCUGUCUACCAAGUAGACAGAGCCUCAGUCAGUGCGCCAAUAUGGCGACCCAGAUACCUGUCGAUCCGACCUUAGUCUCGGCCAAUACUCUCAAACUUGAGAAUACGCACAACAGAGAUGUCUUGAUCGCGAUCGAGAAGAAAUACCAACAAGAAUGGCAGAAGAACAAAGUCUUCGAGUCAGACGCCCCAUCUACGAGCGAAAUUCCUUUCAGCUCAGUCCCGGCGGCGGAGAUUCGAGAAAAGCACCCAAAAUAUUUCGGCACCUUCGCAUAUCCUUAUAUGAACGGCUCCUUGCAUGCCGGACACAGCUUUACCGUCAGCAAAGUCGAGUUCACCGCCGGCUUCGCACGCUUGACCGGAAAACGAGUCCUCUUUCCCCUCGGUUUCCACUGCACUGGUAUGCCAAUCAAGGCAUGCGCGGACAAGCUUGUUGAAGAUGUAAGGAGGUUUGGUAAAACCUUUGAGAACUAUCACGAAGAAGAGGAACAUGAGACGCCGGAGUCCAAUGGCGUUCCUGUUGCUCCCACGCAGGGUAUCAAUGUCAAAGACGACAUCACGAAGUUCAAGAGCAAGAAGGGCAAACAAGCAGCGAAGACGGUCAAGGCCAACUACCAAUUCCAGACGAUGUUGGCCAUGGGUAUACCGAAAGAGGAGAUUCACAAGUUCGCCGAUGCGAACUACUGGCUUGAAUACUUCCCGCCUCUAUGCGAACAAGAUUUGAUCGACUUUGGAGCAAGGAUAGACUGGCGGCGGAAGUUUGUCACAACCGAUGCAAAUCCAUACUACGAUGCUUUCGUCCGAUGGCAGAUGAACCGCUUACACGAGAUGAACAAGAUCUUAUACGGCAAGAGAUACACCAUUUACAGUCCCAAGGAUGGCCAACCUUGUAUGGACCACGACCGAACGAAAGGCGAGGGCGUUGGUCCGACAGAGUACACUGCGCUCAAGUUGAAAGUCAAAGAGUGGUCUCCAGAGGCUGCUAAAGAAGUGGAGUCGAAGAUACCAAAAGAUGCAAGUGUCUAUUUCGUACCUGCGACGUUAAGACCCGAAACGAUGUACGGCCAGACGUGUUGUUUUGUGGGACCUAAGAUCAAAUACGGCAUUUUCAAGGUGUCGGAGAAGGAGUACUACGUCGUCACGAAGAGAGCCGCCUGGAACAUGGCGUUCCAGGGCACAUUCUUCGAUGAAGCUCAUUUCCCUCGGGAUCAGAGUGAGCUGCAGCCUGUGGUGGAGUUGCCAGGGUCUGCUUUUGUCGGCACCUUGGUCAAGGCCCCGUUGUCGGUACAUACUGAGGGUGUUCGAAUAUUGCCCAUGGAGACUGUCUCAGCAACGAAAGGAACGGGUGUUGUUACGUCAGUCCCAUCAGACAGUCCCGAUGACUUCGCUACUGUGAGAGAUCUGGCCAAGAAGGCGGAUUUCUACGGCAUCAAGAAAGAAUGGGCUGAGCUUGAGAUUAUUCCUAUCAUCGAUACACCGGCAUACGGAAACCUCGCCGCGAAAUAUUUGGUUGACGCGAAAAAGAUCCAGUCGCCCAAGGACGCGACACUGUUGGCUGAAGCGAAGGACAUGGCAUAUAAGGAAGGGUUUUACAAUGGCACGAUGUUGGUGGGCGAGUUCAAAGGCGAGAAGGUCUCCGAAGCGAAAGACAAAGUCCGAAACUCGUUGAUCAAGUCCGGCGACGCUUUCCCUUUCGCUGACCCUUCUGCCGAGGUCAUCAGUCGAAGCGCCGACGAAUGUGUGGUUGCUUAUGUUCCGCAGUGGUUCUUGAACUACGGAGAGAACGAUAAGGAGUGGCAGCAGACGGUCCUGGAGUACGUCAAAAACGGUCUUGAGACUUACACACAUGAGACACAAAACCAGUUUGUCGCGAACUUGGAAUGGCUGAACCAAUGGGCGUGCGCGAGAACAUAUGGUCUCGGCUCGAAGCUGCCCUGGGAUCCUAAAUUCUUGGUCGAGAGCCUGAGCGACAGUACGAUUUACAUGUCCUACUACACAAUCGCGCAUUUCCUGCACGGUGACAAGUUUGGCAAGACGCCUGGCUUGCUCAACAUCAAGGACGAACAGAUGACUGACGACGUCUGGGACUAUAUCUUCACGAGGACGAACGACGUGCAGAAUGUGUCCAAGUCGUCCAAGAUUUCAGUCGACGAUCUUCAAACCCUCCGACGGUCGUUCGAGUAUUGGUAUCCUCUUGACAUGAGAUCCUCAGGAAAGGACCUCAUUCCCAACCACCUCACCUUUUUCCUGUAUAUCCACCUCGCUAUCUUCCCUCGUGAAUACUGGCCUAGAUCGGUCCGAUCGAACGGCCAUCUCCUGCUCAACGGCGACAAAAUGAGCAAGUCGACCGGCAACUUCUUGACCUUGAGUCAAGCAGUAAAAAAGUUCGGCGCUGACGCCACGCGGAUAGCUCUUGCCGACGCCGGUGAUGGUAUGGAAGACGCAAACUUCGAAGAAAAGGGCGCCAACGCCGCCAUUAUGCGCAUGUACACACUCAAAGAGUGGAUUGAAGAUGUCUUGAAAGAUCCAAGCCUUCGACAGACGCAAGGCGAAGUCAUCUGGGACAAGUUAUUUGAAGACGAGAUGAAUUUGCUUGUACACGAGGCGUAUCAGCAUUACUCCGACACGAACUACAAACUCGCCCUGAAAUCCGCCCUGUACGACUUCCAAUCCGCCCGUGACUUCUACCGCGAAGCAUGUCUGUCCAGUGGUACGCCGAUGUCUCGCCCCCUUGUCCAGCGAUACGUGGAAUUACAAUCCCUCCUCAUCGCGACCAUUGCCCCGCAUUGGGCUGAGUACAUGUGGCUCGAGGUGCUGCACAAGGACGACUCGAUCCAGAAUGCGCGCUGGCCCGAGGUCCCUACCGCGAACCCCGGUUUGACGGCGAUGAGAGAGUAUGUCAAAGGCACGAGCAGCAACAUCACGAGCGCGGAGGCGCAGGCGGCGAAGAAAAUGGCAAAGGGCAAGAGUGCGGCAUUUGAUCCAAGAAAACCGAAACGAAUCACGAUCUUCGUGGCGAAGAGCUUCCCGGCCUGGCAAGACAAGUAUGUUGACUUGGUGAGAGAGAUGCUCGAGAAGAGCACACUGGAUGAUGACAGGGCAUUGAACGGACAGGUCGCAAAGAUGGGUAAAGGCCCGGAGAUGAAGAAGGCCAUGCCUUUUGUACAGGCGUUGAAGAAACGGCUUGUUGUCAACAACGAGAGUCCCGAAACUGUGUUUGAACGGAAGUUGCCGUUCGAUGAGGUGGAGAUCCUGAAUGACAUGAAGAAGGGGUUGAUGAGGACGACGGGCUGUAAGGAUGUGGUUGUUACGGUCGUGGGCGAGGACAAGACUGGACUGCCCGUGAUGGCGGAACAUGCGGUUCCGGGGUUGCCCUCGUUCUUGUUUGAGAACGUGGAGUAAAAGCAAGAACGCUGAGACGAAUGAUGAGAAGGAGGCAGUGUCGAAAAGCAAAGGACGGGAUGUGAUGCAACGGAUACAAGGGGGCCCACGGAGAGAUUAAGAAGAAACGGAAAGACAUGUCCGGGAAAUAGAAAAUCGACAGAAGAUGUCAGACGCGUGAAGGUAAAGGGAUGAGGCGAGAAGGCCAAAAAGAGCACCGACGGCUCGAGCGAGGAUUUGCAUCGAGGGCUGAUGAUAGACGUACGUGCAUUGUCUGGCUCCCGGGUAGACAGAAAAAGAGAAAUCCAGAGAUCUUGAACAGGUCUCCAUCAAGUAAUGUGGC